ACUCAAGAUGGCUGCCCCCAUCAAGAUGACCGGGGUGUGCCUAGGGGAAAGAGGCAGCAGGAUGGUUUGAGAUGGUCUUGCAUUGAACCGUAUGGAAGUUUCUGAAACUGGGGAGCCUGAUGAUGGGGGGUGGAGCCCGUGGGGGAUAGAGGGAGCAAUAGAUUUUUUCCCCAGCUAACCCCAACCCCUCCCUGUCCUCUGAACUAAAAUGGGGAACACCCUGGGCCUGGCACCGAUGGGGACUUUACCCCGCUGGAGCCACCGUCGGGAGGAACCGCUGCCCAACCCCGGGAGCUUCGAUGAGCUGCACCGGUUGUGCAAAGAUGUAUUCCCAGCACAGAUGGAAGGCGUGAAGCUGGUUGUCAACAAGGUUCUGAGCAGCCAUUUCCAGGUGGCUCAUACUGUGCACAUGAGUGCCCUGGGCUUGCCAGGGUACCACCUCCAUACCGCCUAUGCAGGGGACUGGCAGCUUAGUCCCACAGAGGUGUUCCCCACUGUGGUGGGGGAUAUGGACAGCAGUGGCAGUCUCAACGCCCAGGUCUUGCUUCUGUUGGCAGAACGGCUGCGAGCUAAGGCUGUCUUCCAGACACAGCAAGCCAAGUUCCUGACAUGGCAGUUUGAUGGUGAAUAUCGAGGAGAUGACUACACAGCCACUCUGACCCUGGGAAAUCCGGAUCUGAUUGGGGAAUCAGUGAUUAUGGUUGCUCACUUCCUGCAAAGCAUCACUCAUCGGCUUGUACUAGGAGGGGAGCUAGUUUAUCACCGGCGGCCAGGAGAAGAGGGAGCCAUUUUGACUCUGGCUGGGAAGUACUCAGCUCUUCACUGGGUAGCUACAUUGAAUGUUGGGUCAGGUGGGGCCCAUGCAAGUUAUUACCACAAGGCAAAUGAACAGGUUCAGGUUGGAGUAGAGUUUGAAGCAAAUACAAGGCUACAAGAUACAACCUUCUCCUUUGGUUACCACCUGACUCUGCCCCAGGCCGAUAUGGUGUUUAGAGGCUUGGUGGAUAGUAACUGGUGUGUAGGUGCUGUGUUGGAGAAGAAGAUGCGUCCCCUGCCUGUCACCCUAGCCCUCGGAGCCUUCCUCAAUCACUGGCGAAACAGAUUCCAUUGUGGCUUCAGCAUCACUGUGGGCUGAGGUUGUCCCGGAAGCAGCCUCUACAGCAGCUGGAACCUUUGCAUCUGAUGCCCUAGGGCCUGAGACUAACUAGGUCCCUCUCCAGAGCCUACCUUGCCGGAUGACUCCUAGGUCCCAUGGGCAGAGUGGGGGACAGGACAAUGUCCUCCUCAGAACUGGAACUGCCACAGAAUCAUUUUUCCAGUCAGGCAGUGAGUUGAGGCUCCCAACACUGCCAUCAGCCCCAUUAUAAUUUCCUACAAGCUCUAUGGCUCUGGAGUAAAGGAGAAAGACUAAGGGAUAUGUCUGGCUUCCCUCACCCUACUUUUUUUUUUCGUUAUAUAUAUAUAUAUAUAUAUAUUUUUUUUUUUGGUUCUUUUUUUCCGGAGCUGGGGACCGAACCCAGGGCCUUGCGCUUCCUAGGUAAGCGCUCUACCACUGAGCUAAAUCCCCAGCCUUUUUUCGUUAUUUUUGUCCCAUUAAGAUAUUAGUUCCUCCUUCCUCAAAGCAGAGAAAUCUGCAUGAAAAUGGGGAGCAGAAGAAAACCCUUCUAUCCCAUCUCUCCUGGUUUGUCCAUUCCUCGGCCUCCCACGUCUGGGAAGGUGGGAUUAAAGAGCUAAAUCUUUGGCCACGGAAAGAUGAAAGAAUGGGCCCACACAUCCCAGAGGGAACUUUAUUCACCUCCUGGCCCGGAGGCUCCUGUCUUUCCCACCCUCUGUGUUUCCAGAGAACAACUUUGGCCCUAUGGCCACCCAACUCCCUUCUCUCUGUCCCCUACCCACUCCCUGCCCCACUGAUGACCGCACGAAGAGACAGUUACUGUUCAGUGUUUCUUUGCCAUAACGGAGCUCCUUUCUUCUGGUUCCCAUUUCGGGUACCAGCACUUUACCCUUUCCAAUCCAAUGCAUCCCAAGAGGUCUGGGGAAGGAUCCAAGCCUGGGCCUCAGCUGCAAAUCUCCCCAAGCAGCGGCAUCAUAGCAGACAGUCCCUGGAUGCGAUGGAUUUCAUAUGAGUAUGCGCUGUUUAUACUCCGAAGCUCAGCUAGCAGGCCCAUCAGCUUUGCAUACAGAAACCUUUGGAGGAAGUGGCAGGGUUACCAGGGAACUAGGGCAGCUAGAAGUCCUGUCCUGAGGUUCCCAUCCCCUGAACUGUCCCUAAGAGAGGCUAAGUCUGAGCACUAGAAAAUCAUGCUCUUGGUGGCCCAUCUAUAUUUGGAAAAAUCUCAGACAUCCCCAAGAAGGGUCUCUAUCAACACUCUUUUCCUUCUUUGUGCCUAGUUUUUCUUGAACCUAGGGCUUUGAGGUCAAGGAUAAAGCAAGGACUUGCCCAAAACUUCAAGUAGAUAGAAUCGGAGGCUGGAGCCUUCUGGAUCAAGUUCCAGAAGGUGGGUGUGUUAUGCUACGGUAUAAAGCACCCCCCUCUGAGCAAAUGGAUCGAUUAGGGAAUGAGCAGAGCAAAAGUGGCAUGGACUUCUGAGCAGGGGCAGGCUUCGUCUGUGAAAGUGUGGAGGAUCCUAACUUCAACGGGACCGAAAACUUCAAGGAGUUGAGCCAAAGGAGAGGAGCAGGCCACAAAAGUGAACAAGACUGAAAUUUUAGCUUUAGUUUGGAAAAGUCGGGGAGGUGAGGUGAGAGAUGUCCCCAAUCUCAGGAAUGCUGUCACACACAGGCUAUGAGCCACUACUUUGCAUCUCUACGGAAUGAAAACAACAACAAAAGCCAAAAAAGUUGGGAAAGUGAGACCAGCAGUCGGGGCAAUCUGGAGACCGGAACUAUUGUUAUGGGGAGACCCCGAGGGGAAGGUCUAGAUUCCUAAGUACUUGGUUUCCCAAAGGAAACAACAGUAAAAUGCAUUCGUCCAGA